AUGAAGACCUUCGUAGUCCAGAGUUUUAACACAGAGAAGGAGAUGGGCGUAACGGAGACAUUCUCACCAGUUUCUCCCGAGAGGUAUAUGAAGGAGGAGGAGCGGAAGCCUUUACUGGCCCCGGGUGGCGGAGGUGGCCCCCUGGAGGAAAAAGGUGACGGUGGCUCCUUGGAGAAGGACGGCGGCGGAGGCCCCCUGGAGGAUAGGGGCGGUGGCCCCCUGAAGAAAGGUGACGGUGGCCCUUUGGAGAAAGGUGACGGAGGCCCUCUGGAGGAAGAUGACGGUGGCCCUCUGGAGGAAAGUGACGGUGGCCCUUUGGAGGAAGGUGACGGAGGCCUCCUGAAGAAAGGUGACGGUGGCCCUUUGGAGGAAGGUGACGGAGGCCCUCUGGAGGAAGAUGACGGUGGCCCUCUGGAGGAAAGUGACGGUGGCCCUCUGGAGGAAGGAGACGGUGGCCCCCAGGAGGAAGGCGACGGUGGUCCCCUGGAGGAAGGUCCCCUAGAGGUGGGCGGCGGCGGAGGUUUCCUAGAGGUGGGCGGCAGCGGAGGUCCCCAGGCCCUCAGUGAAAAGGUGUUCCCCCGGCUCCGGUUGACGCUGCACCCCGGGCACUCUGGGAAUAAGGGUUCAUCGGACCCUCUGGAAGAAGGUGACCGUGGCCCUCUGGAGGAAAGUGACAGUGGCCCUCUGGAGGAAAGUGACAGUGGCCCUCUGGAGGAAAGCUACGGUGGUCCCCUGGAGGAAGGUGACUGUGACCCCUGGGGGGAAGGUGACUGUGACCCCUGGGGGGAAGGUGACUGUGACCCCCUGGAGGAAGGUGACUGUGACUCCGUGGAGGAAGGUGACUGUGGCCCCCUAGAGGUGGGCGGCGGCGGUGGUCCCCAGGCCCGCAGUGAAAAGGAGUUCCCACGGCCCCGGCUGACGCUGUUCCCCCGGCUCCGGUUGACGCUGCACCCCGGGCACUCUGGGAAUAAGGGUUCAUCGGACCCAGACUGA